AUUAUAUUUGUGCACACCAUUUAUUUUUUCAAACAUUUAUAUUUAUAUCAUUAUGCCACUUAAUCCGUUAAUAAUUACCCGAGUUUUUUCUUUUGCAAUUCUAUUGUUAACAGCUGGAAGCAUCACAUUGUUUUUUCUCUAUGAGGACUACUACGGUCAGAAGCUGGUCAACAAACACAACCUGCAGUAUGUUGUGCGAAUGAUAGCCAUGUGUGCCAACAUUGUCAAUAUGGGCCUGGCUAUGCGCAAGCCACAAAAAGACCAAAACAGGCGUCUGCGCAGCUGUGGACUGCGCAUGCUGGUUACUGCCAUGGUAUCAUGCAUGGUGCUCCUGGAUCCAAUGAUGAGCGUAGUGUUGGAUGCAGCAGAGCUGUUGGCCGAGCAUGCCAGAGGCACAUUCAUAACGACUAUGAUUGGAACUCUGGUAUAUAUUAUGGUCUACUCAUACUCUUACAUAGUGUGGAGUGGCAAGUAUUAUGCAAUGGCGCCAAAGAAGGCUGAGGAGGUGCCACUGCAAGUCUUGUAAAACAAGCAACGAAGCAUUGGAGUGGGCAUAAAAGCAAACAGGAGCUAAAUUGAUUGGGCAAGUCACUAAUUCCUUGAUCACCGAUAUAAUGCACUAUGAUGACGACGACAACAAGGGCAAUGAAGACAGUCAGACAUACAUUAAAAAAUCAAAUGUAGUAUAUAUAGCAGACGGCUAGCAUAGUGAUUGAAUCCAGACCAAGCAGCACAAAGCCAUUUUUAUUCUUUUUAUUCUUUUUAUUCUUUUUAUUCUUUUUAUUCUUUUU